UGACCUGCUCAGAUUUCAGCCUGUGUGUGUGUGUGUGUGUUCCACCUUUAGAUUUUGCUCUAAUCUUUCCUGCAGUUUUCUGACUGGUUGUUUUUGUUGUUUCUGACUGAACUCUUCUAUUGUCAUCAUCCAGAAUUAGUUAAUGUAAUAAAGUAAAUUUCUUCUGCCAAUAGGGAACCAGGUUUAAUUAUUUUCUCCCUGACAACUCUUCAUCUGUGUUUACAAUUUUAGAAGUGAUGAUGAUGAUGCUCUGAGCUGCUGUCCAAUCAGAGAACAGCUCCCAAGAAACCUUUGCUCUGGUUGGACUCUGGAUCUUCAGCUAUAGGCAAACACAGGGUCCUCCAUUUCCUGGCGGUGUGAUCCACAAUGAAGUUCCCUUCUCCUCUUACUCUCCUUCCUUCCAUCCUGGUGCUCGGCGUCUUCUUCCCUGCAGCUGAUAGUGGACACUUUCUGGCCUUCCCAGGUGAGCACAGCCACUGGCUGAACAUGCGGACCAUCAUAGAGGAGCUUGUGAGGAGAAAUCACAAGGUUACCGUCUUGGUGCCGGACGCUUCACCGUCGGUAAACUAUAACAGCAGCCGAGAUGCUGCCAAGUUCAACUUCUUGGUGUUCAAGGUUCCAUUCAGUAGAUCAGAUAUGAACAACAUUAUGCAGGAUUUUAUUCAGUUCUCUAUGUACCAAGCCCAUAACUCCUCCCUGCUGGAUCGCUUUCUGGUGCCACUGACAAUCUUGGGGAAGCUCUCCCAAAUUGGGAAGCAGCAGUGUGACGCCAUGCUGAAAAACCAGCAGUUGAUGGCGACCCUGCGUGACGCCGCUUUUGAUGUGGUCAUCUUGGACCCCAUGGUGAUGUGUGGCGAUCUGGUGGCCGAUAUGCUCGGUGUGCCUCUGGUCCUUUCGCUGCGGUUCUCAUUCGGCAGCACCUUGGAGCGUCACUGCGGCCAAGCACCGAUGCCGGCAUCCUUCAUCCCCGCGUCUCCACUGCCAUACAGCGACCACAUGACUUUCUGGGAACGGCUGCUCAACAUGCUGACCUACACAGGGAUGUCUGUGUUGAACGAAUUUUAUUGGAAAACGACACUUGAUUCUUUCUACACUGAGAUCAAAGGAAGUCCUAGCAGCUUCUGUAGCUCCCUGGGGAGGGCUGAUGUCUGGCUGAUCAGGACCUUCUGGGACAUCGAGACGCCACGGCCAAUACCUCCAAACUUUUUCUAUGUGGGGGGUCUUCACUGCAGACCAGCCCAUCCGCUGCCAGAGGACCUGGAAGCCUUUGUGCAGAGCUCUGGAGAUGCUGGCGUAGUGCUUGUCACCUUCGGCUCCAUGGUAACCAAUCUGGCACCAGACAGAGCUAAUGUCAUUGCCUCUGCUUUGGGACGACUACCACAGAAGGUAAUUUGGCGUUAUCAUGGCAAAACCCCGACAACUCUGUCACCAAAUACAAAAAUUUUACAUUGGAUUCCUCAGAAUGACUUGCUUGGACACCAACUGACCCGUGCCUUUGUGACACACGGCGGGACGAACGGUUUAUACGAGGCAUUGUUUCAUGGCGUUCCAGUGGUCGGCAUCCCGCUGUUUGGUGAUCAGCCAGACAAUCUGGCCCGUCUGAGCCGCCGCGGUGCCGCUGUUAUCCUCCACUUCAACCGCAUGACAGCGGAUGAGCUGGUGCAGGCGCUGCAUGCCGUUAUCAAUGAACCCAGUUUCAGGUCCAACAUGCAGCAGCUGUCUUCGCUGCAGCAUCAGCAGCCAGUGGCACCACUGAACACUGCCGCCUUCUGGUUGGAGUUUGUGAUGCGGCAUGGAGGAGCUAAACACCUGAGGCUGGCGUCACAUGACCUGUACUGGUUCCAGUACUACAGCUUGGACACAGGAGUCACUAUACUGUUCAUCAUAGCUCUUUGCUCCACCCUCUGCUGGGUGGCGCUUCGCUGUGUCCUGCGCCACUGCAAAGGGCGAGCACGAAGAGAGAAGAAUGACUGACCAGCUGCCAGCUGUUUUGAAUGUUAUUGUUUUAUCUGUAUCUCUUUGGUCCAAGCAGAACACCAGAUGCAGUUUUCAGUGUUUCUUCAUAUUUUCCCUGACUUGCUCCUAAGGAGACUGGGGUUUCUCCUGGAUCAUGGAGACUGUUUGGCUACAACACAUUUUGAUCAGAUCCAAACUCUGAGCAGGCUAUUG